AUGAUAUCCACGGUCGCACUUGCUAUUAAAGAGUUCACUUGGAAAAAAUGGAAAAAGCUGAGCUUCACAAACUCCUCCGAAGUUACUAUCCGCAACUCUGAGCUUAUACCAACUUCCGAACACCGAAAGUACGGCACCUUUACCAAUAUACCUGUUCGCCGUAACGUGACAUACAAGCUUGGUGAUCUGGUCGCCGACCAGCUUUUCGAGCAAUGGGAGAACACUAUCGGUGAUGGCCUCACGAAGACUCGUUACGGAAAUAGUAACCCUAUAGCUGGAAGCUGGGACGGUACAAUCUACCCCGAGGCAAAGCCUGAGCGUCUCAGGUACGCCUUGUGGUUCACUGAACUUUUCUUCCUGGUUGAUGACAAAGCGGACACGAUGACAGCCCACGAGGCUCAUAUGACGCUGAACAAAGAAUUCGAGAAGCUAUUUGCAAUUGAGAACGAGAACAUAAGGCUGCACCACGAUUCGUCCGCGAUGGAAAAAUUGACUAUUCCAUUUCUCAGGGAUAUUUUGUCUUUCGACAAGAAACGUGCACUCCCUAUCUUGCGUGAAUGGCAGCAUUGGCUGCAAAAUGUGGACUCUAAGACGAUCGACCACUUUAAAACUAUCGAAGAAUAUAUACUCUAUCGAACGAUAAACAUUGGCAUUCGUCCAUGUGAUCCUACUAUGCGCUUUGUUAUGGAGUUGGACGUGACCGAUGACGAGGUGAAAUUGGUUGACCCGAUCCUGUGGCACGUCUGUGCAACUAUUGCUUUGACGAACGAUUACUGGAGCUGGCACAAAGAAGCUCUCCAUGCCGGUCCAGGGGAGCAAAUGAAGAUUAUGAACGGAAUCACCGUUCUUAUGAAGGAAAGAAAUAUCGCCGCACCGGAAGCUCUCGAGAUGUUAAAAGAGCUCGCUUGCGAGUAUGAAAAGAAAGUUGUAAACAUGUGCGCACACACACUCUCAAAGUACCCCCACGCCUCCAGCGACUUUCACGCAUAUAUUCAAGGCCAGCUCUGGCUGGUGGCUGGCAAUGAUUACUGGAGCUCUACCUGUCGGCGUUAUCAUACUGGUAGACUUUAUACCUGA